AUGAGUGAUCCAAAAGUCAAGCGUUGGGUUGGUAAAUAUGAGGUUGGCAAAACGAUUGUACAAGGCACUUUCGCUAAAGUUAGGUAUGCUAAGGACACUGAGACAGGAGAAUCCGUUGCUCUCAAAUUCAUUGAUAAAGACAAAGUUCUCAAAACUAACAUGUCUGAACAGAUAAAGAAAGAAAUUUGUACGAUGAUGCUGAUAAAUCAUCCGAGUGUAGUGCAGCUGUAUGAGGUUCUGGCGAGCAAGUCGAAGAUAUAUAUGGUCCUAGAGUUCAUCAGUGGUGGCGAGCUAUUUGACAAAAUUAAAAAUGAUGGGCGCAUGGAAGAAGAGGAAGCACGUAGAUACUUCCAGCAGCUUAUCAAUGCAGUUCAUUACUGUCACAACAGGGGAUUGUACCACAAGGACUUAAAGCCGGAAAACUUGCUUCUUGAUGCUCAAGGAAAUCUGAAAGUCUCUGGUUUUGGAUUCAGUGCAUUGUCCCAACAAGUCAGGGGGAGUGGUCUUCUUCACACUGAAUGCGGAACUCCAGACUAUGUUGCUCCUGAGGUUCUUAAUGGGCAAGGCUACGACGAGGCAACUGCAGACUUGUGGUCUUGUGGAGUGAUACUUUUUGUGCUACUUGCUGGUUACUUGCCGUUCGAGGAUUCUAAUGUCACGACUCUAAACAAAAUGAUCUCAUCUGCUGAAUUCAGUUGUCCUCCCUGGCUGUCUUCUGGUGCUAAAAACUUGAUAGUCCGAAUCUUGGAUCCAAACCCUAUGACUCGUAUCAAAAUUCCAGAGAUUUUGGACGAUGCCUGGUUCAAGAAAGAUUACAAGCCAGCCGUGUUUGAAGAGAAGAAAGAAGCAAAUUUAGCUGAUGUGGAAGCUAUUUUUAAAGAUUCAGAAGCUGUGACAGUGCAACUGAGGUCAUAUCCUUGUGUGAUAUGUUCAGGCGGUACAACUUGUGGCGAUGUUCGUUCAAGGACCAAACUAAUGAACGGUUUGAUAGAACGAGGGAGACCUCAAGAAGCUCAUUCCAUUUUCAACACACUUAUUGAAGAAGGCCACAAGCCAAGCAUCAUCACAUACACCACUCUCGUAACUGCGUUAACCCGGCAAAAGCAUUUCCACUCUCUCCUCUCUCUCAUCUCCAAAGUCGAGAAAAACGGCCUCAAACCAGACACCAUUCUCUUCAACGCCAUCAUCAACGCCUCUUCCGAGUCUGGAAACCUCGACCAAGCGAUGAAGAUCUUCGAAAAAAUGAAGGAGAGUGGAUGUAAACCCACAGCAAGUACGUUUAACACACUCAUCAAAGGAUACGGCAAAAUCGGUAAGCUGGAGGAAUCUUCAAGACUCCUGGAGAUGAUGCUACGCGAGGAGAUGCUCCAACCAAAUGACAGAACAUGUAACAUACUUGUACAGGCUUGGUGUAACCAGAGGAGGAUUGAAGAAGCUUGGAACAUUGUGUAUAAGAUGCAGUCUUAUGGGGUGAAACCUGAUGUAGUCACGUUUAACACAUUGGCACGAGCCUAUGCGCGGAUCGGUUCAACAUGCACAGCUGAGGAUAUGAUCAUACCGAGAAUGUUACACAGCAAAGUUAAACCGAAUGUACGUACCUGCGGUACCAUUAUGAAUGGCUACUGUGAAGAAGGGAAGAUGGAAGAAGCUUUAAGGUUUUUCUAUAGAAUGAAAGAACUUGGAGUUCAUCCAAAUCUCUUUGUUUUCAACUCUCUAAUCAAAGGCUACCUUGCCAACAACGACAUGGAUGGAGUUGGCGAGGUAGUAAAUCUGAUGGAAGAGUUCGGAGUAAGACCUGAUGUGGUUACAUUCAGCACUCUAAUGAAUGCAUGGAGCUCUGUAGGAGACAUGAAAAGAUGUGAAGAGAUCUAUGGAGAUAUGUUGGAAGGAGGAAUAGAUCCAGACAUUCAUGCAUUUAGCAUCCUAGCCAAAGGGUAUACUCGAGCUAGAGAGCCGGAUAAGGCAGAGCAAAUCUUGAAUCAGAUGAGGAAGUUCGGUGUUAGGCCAAACGUGGUGAUCUACACAACGAUCAUAAGCGGUUGGUGCAGCGCCGGUGAAAUGAAAAAGGCCAUGCAGGUAUAUAACAAAAUGUGUGGAACGGUUGGUUUAUCGCCUAACUUGACUACCUACGAAACUCUUAUGUGGGGGUUUGGGGAAGCAAAGCAGCCAUGGAAAGCGGAAGAGCUUUUAAAAGAUAUGGAGAAGAAGAAUGUUGUUCCCACAAGGAAGACUAUGCAACUCAUAGCUGAUGGAUGGAAAGCUAUUGGUGUUUCUAACAAUAGCGAGGCCAAUACGUUAGGAUCUUCUUUCUCAGCUUCCUCCAAACUCAAUAUCCCUAAUCAUAUCGUCUCAACGAGAAGUCCUGUGUUCUUAAAGGGAGUGCCUGAGAAACCAAAGCUAUGCAUCAAGUCCAAGUUUGGUUUGAGGCGGAAUGUUUUGGUGGUGUUGUGCAGAGACCAGAUUAGGGAAGCUGGGAGUUUUGCAAAUCCAUGUAGAGUUGUUUGGCUUUAG